AUGUCGUUUUGUCGAAUAACCGGAAGGAGUCGGGGGCUACCGAAGCCUAAUUAUUUCCCACUUCUGGCGCCGAUUUCUCCAGCGGAUGCAAAACGUUGUUGUAGGAUAACAGGAAAAUCUUAUGGACUUCCGUCACAUCAUUACAUUCCAGUUCUCUUAGUGUCUAGAACGAAUAAAUCUAAAUGCAAAAUCACAAAUGUUUCGGGAGAACUUGGACCGCAUCAUUAUUCGCCCGAAAUUAAUUAUGGAAAUAGGAAACACGACCUUCUACCAGAUUAUAGAUAUGUUUUUCCCGUAUUGGACGGGUCAACGGAGGCACAAAAGUCACUCAUGGAAAUGCUCUCUAUGAAACAGGUGACGGAAGAUAAAAAAUACGUUUACACUGUCGAUGAAAGACGAUGUAGCUUGGUAUUUUGUUCUCGGAUGGAAGCAGCAGUGCGCGAUGGUGAUGUGAGAGAUGUAAUGUUGGCGAAAGAUUCCGACACAGUAUUAAUUAGAACAAAGCAGGGUAGAAGUGUUUCGAUGGAUUUCAAAGAUUUUACGGAUGAUAUUGAUAUGUACGACGGUGAGGGACCAAAUGCCGAAGUAAUGAAACAAAGAGAAAUAGAAGAGUUGGAAGAAAAAAAGAAAAAACGUAAACGAGCUGCCGCCUUAUCGUCUAUGAAGAAAAUAUUUGAAAAUAAAGAAAAGUUGGCGGAAGUACAAGAGGUUGAAGAAAAAUUACUUCAAGAUCGAUUAGCAAAGAAAGCUAAAUUAGAUGUGCGACAUGAUAAACACGAAAAUAAACAGUAUACUUAUAAUAACUUCAAUUUAGAUCAUAUGCGUUCCAAAACAAGUAUAAUUAUGUGCAGUGGCGAUUGGAAAGAUCAGAUGCACCCAUUAUUAGAGUCCCCGGAUUGGGACUCGUUCGAGAAACAUAUUUCUGAAGAUAAUUGCAGUCCGAAAAUCAAUAUUUUACCAAAACCUGUAUGUAUAACUCCAUAUCACUGUGAAGCGGAACUCUACGAAAUCGAUAAUAAUAUUGCUGAUAUCUCAACCUCCCUAGAAAGUGUACCUUGCGUAAAUCCAUUAAAGCCGAUUAAAGCACGACCAUCCGAAGAGAUCUUAAAUGCUAUUAAAGAAAUGUCAGAAGAGCGUCUAAAUGAAACAUCAAAUAUUACAGAAAAAUUGUUGCGAACCAAAAAAGUAGAUAUGAUACCGAAUCUUCAAGAGCUACCUGAAAUUGUAAAAAACAUCAAGAAGGGUAAAAGAGAGAAGCUCUCAAAAAUCUCAGGGUUAACAAUUGAUAUUAACAAGGCGAAAAAAUUUGUACCAGGUCAAUAUAUUAAUACACCCCAAGGACCUCUUUUUGUAGCUGGGCAAACAGUGGAAACCCCAGUUGGACCUGUAUUUGUACCAGGCUUAAGUGUAAAGACGCCUUUAGGUGUUAGUCUUUUACCUGGUCAUAUCGUUCAUAACGAAAACACAAACGAACCAGUUUUUCUUUCUGGACAAGUCUUGCCAACAGCGGAAGGGGAGAAAUUUGUUUGUGGGCAAACCAUUAAAAACAAAGAUGACACAUACCGUUUUGCCGAAGGUCAAACAGUGUUAUCAGAAGAUGGUUUCAAAUUUGUACCUGGUAAAAUUAUCAGCACUGGACCAGAGGAUGUAUUUGUUCCAGGGCAAACUAUUUUAACGCCCGAUGGAAUUCAAUUUAUACCAGGACAAACAUUUACUGAAAAUGGUAAUAUUAUUUUUACCCCAGGCCAGAACGCUAAAAUAGAGGAUGAGUGGCAAUUUAUACCAGGUCAGGUAGUUCAUCAGGAGGACGAACUACAUUUCGUACCUGGAGCGACACUGCCUACACCGAAUGGUCUAAAAUUUGUUCCUGGACAAACAGUUGCUGUAAACGGAGACAUUUGUUUUGUACCAGGUAUAACAAAACGCGAUGAAUCAGGAUUUAAAUUUGUUCCCGGAACCAAUGUUCAUACUGCUGACGGUCCCAAAUUUGUUGAGGGUCAAAUCAUUCAGACCGAAUACGGUGACAAAUUUGUACCGGGUAAAACUGUAGUUCAAACAAAUGGGCAUGUUGAAUUUUCAAUAGCAAAAUCUAUAGACGAUAUCCAAUCUACAGACAGCAUGCCAGUUGGAUUACCAAUAGAUAUUAAAACCUGUUCAGUAUCAGAAGAAUCAUUAUAUGUAUUUGGACACAUGAUUCAAACUGGUCAAGGCAUAGAAUUUUAUCCGGGACAAAAAAUACCUAAAAAUGAAGGUAAAGUUGUACCCGGACGUUUAGUGAAAAAUGAAGCAGGGGAAUCACGAUUUGUACCUGGCACGAUGGUAGACGGCAUAUUUGUACCUGGUCAAAUCGUUUUUACCGAAAAUGGAGAACAAUUUGUUCCCGGACAGGUUAUUGAUACCAGUGAUGGUCCUAAAUUUGUUCCAGGACAAGUAGUUGAUACAAGAAAUGGACCAAAAUUUGUACCUGGACAAACAAUACAUACAAUAGAUGGACCUCGAUUUGUACCAGGGCAGAUAAUAGAAACAAAAGCUGGGCCUACAUUUAUUCCAGGCCAAGUAAUAUCUACUGACGAUGGCUCAAGAUUUGUUCCUGGUCAAGUAGUUGAUACAGAAGAGGGACCACGUUUUGUUCCAGGAAGAGUAAUAGAAAAUGACGAUAAUGGUGUGACGUUUGUACCGGGUCAAAUUGUACAAACACCAGAAGGUCUUAAAUUUGUUGCUCCUGAUCUUAUUGAAGGAGAAGAAGGUUUAGAAUUUUCCGUGCAGAGUUUUUUAGUAACACCGGAGGAAUUAAAACUUUUGAAAGUGAAAACAAAUCCUAAUGAUACUACUUCUACUAAAGGCGAACUAACUAUAGAUAGAACUAUGUUAAGACAGUUGUCUGAAGCUGGAAUGUCAAUUGGAAGACAAGUUCCAGCGGAAUUACCUGCAAUUUCUAUAGUUUUAAACGAAACGAAGAACGCAGAGGCCCUAAACGAAUUUAUCACAGAAUUUGGUCUAAAAGACGCCGUAGCAAAUCAGCUUAUGGAUGUAAUUAAAUCAAUAAUUGAAAUGAGUGCACAUCUAAAGACGGAAAUUAAUCAAAAUUCUAACGAAACAGCGAUUAACAAUAGUGUAAAAUCUGUGAAAAGUCGCUCAAGUAGAAACUUAACAAAUGAUGAAGAUGGAACCCACGAAGAAAAACUUUACGAAAAUAAAAUAAAAAAUUCAAUUGCAGCAGCAGUUUUGGCUGCUUUAGUUACCGCUGAACAAUUUCAAACAGCUAAUAUUAAUAAUAACGCAAAAGAUAAAUAUCAACAAAUUCUAAAAUCCAUUGAUACAAUACUAGGGAAAGAGAUUGAUGAAGAUUUCGUGAUGGCAAUGUAUAAUAUACUUGAAAAAGAAGAUAAAAGAGACAUCUUAUGUGAAGAGAUUCUGGAUAAUACAACGCAAAGUAAAAUGGAGUUAAUAAAAGUUGCUGUAAACUGUAAAUUGCAUAAAGAUUCUUUAUCUGAAAAUGAUAUUAUUGAAAAGUUUGGUGAUUAUUUGAAAAGUGAGAACGAGGUCCUGGGUCCGGCUUUUAAACAUAUUACGAAGAACGAUACAAGUCUUCUCAAUCAUGUACUUGAUAAUAUUUCAGAUUCAAUUUCUUUCAUAGAAUCUGAAAACACCGCUGGAGGAUCAUUACACCAAGCAAUAGUUUCAGCCGUCCAAGAAAGCAGUAAUCGAGAGCUUAAAAACGUUAUUCAAAAUACAGAUCAGAAGGAACUACAAGAAAUAGUUUUGCAGUCAGUAGGUUUAGCACGUGUGUUAGGUAUGACUGAUGUGGCAAGACAUUUAUCAUCAAUUGCAAAGAAUGACAGUAUAAGUUUAUCUGAUGUAACGAGUGACAAUUGUUUGACUAUCUUAAAAAGACUGACAGUUAUGCGUAAAUUAGCUAACCAAUCGUCAGAUUUAAAUGAGGUUUUAAUGAAUCUGGCUAACUGCCCCGAAACUGCUAGAAAAGAUCCAAGAUUAAGGGAAUUAGUUCGAGAAAGUGCCGCUCUUAUGAUCAUACCGGAAGAAACACCUUUGAUGACAUCUGACGACGUCCCACUGAGUUUACUUCAACCUGAAAAUAGCCUUGCAAUGGAGGAUUUCCUGUUCAAACGAAACAAGUGUUCCGGGGCACUUUUGAUUGUGAAAAGGGGGUUGCAAGCUGUUGUCCCUCGAGAAGCGAGUCGAGGUGUCCUUACUGGUGAAAUAGCGUACACUGUGCUCGACGAAAAUGGAAUAAGAUAUUUUGAGCCGAUGCAUGUAUUCUCAGCUCUCAAUUUAAGUAAACCGAUCGCGCAUCGCUUCAGUAUCUACAGCUGUCCUAUUGCUGAUGAAAAAGACGACGAUCUACAAAACUAUAAUGGAUAUUGCAACAUUAGUAACAGCCAGAUCACUACAAGAUUGGGCGGUUGGGGUGGCCGAUAUAGCGGGAUUAACCUUGAACGGGAAAACAUUAGAAGUAGAAUACAUCAUUACGACAACACACCUAGUUAUAAAAGAUAUCCGUCUCGAUCUUCUACACGAUCAAGAUCUAGUUGUAGCAAGAGUCCACCUAAGGUAGACGACGUAGUUGUAGCAACGAGCGAUUACAACGCGGUGACAGAUGAUGAGGUCUCCGUAAAGGCUGGGGAUAUUGUCGAAGUACUCGACACAAAAGCCGCCUUGGGUUCAAAGUACAGAGGACGUGUCUAUAGGUCUCGGCUCCUAAAAGAGCUGGAUGUGGAGGUGAAUCUGCUCGACUCAUCAGCAGCUAAGCAUAAGAUAGCAGUUCGACCAAAGAAAAAUCACCCAAAAGUGAAAUCUGUACUGAAACAAAACGGAGAGAGGUGGCUGGUGCGAGUGGUCGAGGAUGUCCAGGGCGACGAGCUAAGCACACGCCAAGGCUACGUCCCAGCUCAUGUCCUGAGGGAGAAAGAACCAGAACGGGACAUCACAGCGCUGGCCGCCAGAAGACAGGCUGUGGUACGAGAACUAAUCGAAACCGAAGAGGAAUUCGGGAGAGACAUGCAACAAGUGGUUAAUCAGUACAUGCGGCCGAUGGACAAAAGUACAACGCCUAAACCAGUCUUCGACAGCCGCGAACUGCUUUUCUCUAACUUCAAGCAGAUCUGCGAAUUCCAUAAUACGUCGCUUUUAGAAGGGAUCAAGUACUACGCGGCAGAACCUCGGAUGCUUGGCAGGUCAUUGCUGCGAAUGGAGCGUGAGUUUGACAAGCAUGUCGCCUACUGCCGAGAUGAACCAAAGGCCCAGAAGCUUCUAACAGCUCAUCCUGUGAUUAAGAAAUAUUUUCAGGACAUCGCUAAGAAAGUCGGUGACGAUAAAGGUCUGACGGAGCAUCUGAAACUACCGAUACAACGAAUCAACGACUAUCAGCUGUUGCUCAAGGAAUUAGUCAAAUAUUCAAAACGCCUCGGUGACGACUGCAACGACCUCCAAAAAGCAUUAGAACUAUUUCUCGGCGUCCCCAAUAGAGCUACAAACAACCUCUUCAUAUCUAGCAUCGAAGGUUAUCGCGGAAAUAUCUACAAGCUUGGAAGACUUCUAACUCACGACUGGUUCACAGUUGAAAUUGAAGGGACAAAGGAGAAUCUCUACUUGUUUCUAUUCAAAGCUAGAAUCCUCUUAAGCAGAAUUAAAAAAGUUUCUGACGAUCGAUCAGUUUUCGUACUUCAACAUAUUGUACGGCUUCCGGAUAUAGUUAUCAAAGACCAUCCGGAAUCCUUGAAAUUUGAACUUCAUCAGAAAGAUCCACCUUUAGUUUUUACACUUAAGGCGUCUAAAGAACAAGUAAAAGCAGCGUGGCUACGUGAGAUUCGACAAUACGCAAGUGAUUUGGUUGCCUUAGCUGAACAUGCAGCAGAUGAUCUACAAGUCUUACCUUUAGAAUCAUUGAAUAAGGAAGAAAGCACCGAAGGAGAAGUAGACGAGACACCACAUGAAAAAAAACCCAGGUUGGAAGAAACUGAAGUUGAAAAGCCGAUAACAGAACAUAGCUCGUCUGCUAAACGCAAGUCUUCAACUGACAGUGACGCAGUCGUCACAAAGAUAUCUAAAUCAGAAUUCGCAGAAGCGACUACUGUAAGUGCUAGUCAAGAUAAAAUUUCAACUGAUUUAGAAUCUAGUUCUAUUGUAGCACAAGACAGUACUCAAAUAAAUGAUAGUCAACUGAGCAUAUCACAAACACAGACGAUUCAAGAAGAAGCACACAAUUUGCCAGAAUCGGUAGAUAAAGGGGUUAAAGAAGUUUCAGUUUCAGAAGAAAUAGCUGUUACGCAUUCUGUUCAAGUUCAUUGCAGUGAAGUCUCUUCACAGGGAAUUGUUCAAGAAUUGACAGAAACUACUUUUAAAACACAAGAAACUGAAGUUAAAUUAGAAACAAAACAAGAUAAUUUAAUCAGCGAGACACAUCAUCUGGCAAAAGAAGUAAGCGUUGUUGACAGUGGUAUUAUACAACAGUUAUCAGAAUCCACUCAGGUUAGCACUUCUGAUAAGCAAUCACCAACUACUAAACAAACAAAGAGAGGGUCAAAAAAAUCCAACGAUAUAAAAGAGCAUUCUACAGGGAACGAUCAGCAAAUCAUCUCUGAAAAUGUUUACACGAAAACAUCGGAAGGUGGUUCCGAAGAUGUGAAUGUUAUUGCAUCAGUUAUUCAAGAACAAAGUGUUGAAAAUUUAAUAGAAUCAAAACUUGCAAGGUCUGAACAAAUAAGCACAGAAGUUACUACAAAGCGAGAAGACAAGAUUGCGCUUGAACAAAAAGAUUUAAUACAAAAUCAUACGGUUGAAUCGCAAGCAACAGGUGAAGAAGAGAUGUCGUCAAGAUAUAGCCGCUCUUCGCGGCUUUCUGGAGAAUAUUCCAGUACCACUCGAAAAUCUUCCACUGGAGGGCGGUAUGAAGCAUCUAAUGAUGGAACAGGAGUAUCUUCGUAUUCUCGCCGCGAGAGUGGUACCCGCAUAGAGAGCAGUCGAUACGAUACUGGGUCUAUUGAAGGAUCCUCAGCUUCAAGAUAUGAGUCAAAAUAUUCAGCAACGAGCGCCACCGAUGGGGAUUCAAAAUACGGAAUAGAGUCUAGUUAUGAGAGUAGAAGUUCAAUUAAGGACGGCUCCAAGUAUGGAAUUGAGGGAAGUUAUGAAAGUCGAAGAUCAAUUAAAGACGGAUCCAAAUACAAUAGAAAUAAUUCUAUGAAAGAUGACUUUGAAUCCGCAUUAAUUUACGAAGGCAGGCGGUCGAACAAAGACGCUUAUAACUAUGAAACGGAGUCUAACUCUAUCAAUAAUAACUCUAAGUCUGCUAUUGAAAUGACCUACGAAAGAACCAACUCUAUAAAAGACUCUAAGUAUUCUAUAGAGUCCGAAUCCGAAAGCAAAAUUGAUACUAUUGCAGCUAAAUAUGGCCUUAAUAACAACAUAGAAGCUAAGUCUAUAAAAACAAUUGAAACCAGCUUUGACUUAGAAACGGAAGCUCCCAGCAAAAUAGAUAGUAUUGCUUCUAAAUAUGGUCGUAAUUCAAUAACUGGAAGUGCAAAGCUUGAGACUCGUUCAACAAAAAAUAACCAAAUUGAAAUCGAAGCUGAAUCACAAUAUGAAACAAAGUACAAAAGUUCUAGAAAUGGUAAAACUGUAGAUGAAAGUGAAUACUCCAAGAAAUCUGUAACGAACGGGUCUGUCACUGAUCAAUUGGAAUCAAAGAGUUCGUUUUCGAAGAUUGAUACAUCCGAUGGAAAACCACAUUUCUCCAAAACUUUAGAAGGACAAAACAUCGAACCCGGUGAAAACGCAUUAUUUGAAUGUGAAAUUCAGUCUUCUGAAGAAGUUCACGUGACCUGGUUAAAAGACAACAAACCCUUGACGGACCGUCUCAUGGACCGAGUAAAUAUAGCGAGAAAGGGAUCCGCGCACAAGUUAGAAGUAAUGCACUGUAGAGAAGAUGACUCUGGAUUGUAUACCGCGCGUGCAGAAAACCCCAAGGGCAACGCACAUUGCACUGCACAAUUGAUUGUACAUGAGCUGACUCCAGAAGAGAGGAAACAAAAGAACGCGCUCAAUGCACCAUACUUUUUGGUAGCAUUGAAGGAUACAGAAAUAUUGUUGAACACAUACUUGCGUUUUAUGGUGAAAGUUAAGGGAUCCCCCAAUCCCGAUGUGAAAUUCUAUCGUGAGGGUAAGGAGAUAACCACGAGCCUAGACAGUGACCGAGUGUCAAUCGUGCGUACGCGUGCUGAGAAAGGCUGCUAUGAGCUUGUAAUCGCAGAUGUGAACGCGUCUGAUGCAGGCAAUUACUCCUGCAAGGCUAUCAAUAUGUAUGGCGAAGUGGAAUCACAAUGUAGCGUUACUGUUGUCGACGAUAAAAAUAUAUUCGGUGAACUUCUACCUGGUGGUGAAGGGUUAUUGGCGAAGGGAGAGAAACCGUUAUUUGCCUGGAAACGUGAUGGACUUGAAUUCGACCCUGAGGAACGGUUCAAGGUGCUCCUCGGCGAUGAUGAAGACUCACUGGCCUUGGUCUUUCAACACGUGAAACCUGAAGAUGCUGGACUAUACACUUGCGUGGCUAAAACGAGCACGGGAAAUAUCUCAUGUUCAGCGGAACUCACUGUGCAAGGAGCUGUUAACUAUCUGCAUCGUGAGCCGCAAAAGCCUACCUUGCAGAUAGAGCAUCGCGAACCAGUCGUCUCCAGCGGUGGAUCAGCAAUGUUAGAGCUGGUCUGCAAAGGUUACCCCAAACCUACAGUUGUCUGGAAACACAAGGGUGAAGUCAUCGAGGCAGAUACUAGGCAUAAGUUCUUACACGAAGAUGAUGAAAAUAUGUCCCUAGUCAUUAAGAACGUUACGGCAGCGGACAGUGGCGUUUACGAAGUUACAGCGUCUAACGACUUAGGUGAUGACACCACUACCUUCAACCUUGUCGUGACUGCACCACCGAAGAUUAAAAAGAAGAUUGAGAACCAGUCCUGCAUGAUAAGCACAUCACACACAGUCAGAAUCGAGGUAGAAGGCACGCCAGCGCCUGAAGUGAGCUUCUACAAAGAUGGAGUUCUAAUCACCAGCUCAGACCGGAUAAUAAUCACCAAGGAGACAGAUGAAGUAUACGCAAUCACUAUCAAAGACGCUAAGCUUACGGACUCUGGUUCUUACUCGGUGGUUGCCAAAAAUGAAGUAAACCAAUGCUCCGACUUCUGGCAGUGGCACGUUAUGUCGCCACCGAAACUCACCAAGAAAUUAGGGGAAACCAAAGUGUGCGAAGAGAAAGAAUCUGUUACCUUUGAAAUACAGACUGAAGCUGAACCAUCGCCUACAGUCACUUGGUUUAAAAACAAAACCGAGUUGAAGGAAUCAUCUGCAAUCAAGAUAACGUCAUCUGGGGAAGCACACAAGUUGGUCAUUACAUCUGCGGCAAGAGCUGAUGCCGGAGAGUACUCCUGUGAGAUUCGUAACGUUCAUGGAUCGACGAGUGACUCAUGUUUACUUAACGUACGAUGUGGUCCAAUCUUCACCCAAAAAUUAAAGGACACCACAUCUAGUGAAGGUGAUGUAAAUGUUGAGUUUACGGUCGAUGUGGAAGCAUAUCCUGAACCACAAGUUAAAUGGUACCUUGGUGAUGUAGAAAUAACUGAGAAAAAGACAAUAUACAGUCGCGUAGACAAUGGUAGCACACACAAGCUCAUACUGAAGGAAGUCUCCGCUGAGAUGUCUGGACAAUAUACUUGCAAGGUCUCCAACGAACUUGGAGCUGAUUCUUGUCAAGCUACUUUUACUGUCAAUCGUAAACCUCGCAUAACCAAAAGCUUGGUCGACAUGACAGUAGAUGAAGGUCAAACCCUGAAAUUGGAAGUAGAAGUGGAAGGCUGUCCAGAGCCUAAAGUAAAAUGGUACAAAGAUGGCAAAGAAGUCAACACUGAUGCAAGGAUCAGAAUUGAAAGAGAUACAAAAAGGUUAGAAAACUAUCACCUCACAGUAACUCUUGUUAAAGAGGAAGAUGGCGGUGAAUAUGAAGUCCGGGCUGAAAAUGAAAUGGGAAGUGUUUCUUCAAAGAGCACUGUCACAGUGCACACGAAAGAAAUUCAUUCGAGAUUCAAGAAGGCCUCCAUCACUGAAAAUAUUCUGAAUGAAGAAAGUGAAAAACAGGAGAUUGCGGAUUGUAAAAAAGUUGAAAACGUUACGAGAGGAAAAACUGAGCCUGAAAUAGCAGAAGAAAAAUGCUUAUUAGAUGAUUCCGCAAAUGCAAGACCAAAAGCAGUUUCAUUUGAGGAGUAUGAACAUCCUGUUGCAAAUAAAGGCAAAAAAUCUAUAACAGAGCCAGAGAAUGUGAAAGAGCAUUUUAUUUCUGACGAUAAAGGCAAGAAAUGCAAAAAAACUGUAGUUGAAGAAAUUAACAAGCCAAGUCUCCUACAAGGUAAAAUAUUACAUUCAGAAUCAGAGAUUUCAGAGGAAUUGUCAACUGAGAAAAAUGCCUGUUCAACUGUUAAAAUAUCUGACGCAAAAGAACCUGCUAUAGCUACAACGAUAGCAACAGUCGAGAUUGCAGAAGAAAAAUGUUUAAUAGAAGAACGGAAUUUAAAAACAGUAUCCGUUGAAAGUAAUGAUCAUGGGAUUCCCUACAAAGCCCAACGCUCUGUUACUGAGCCUGAGGUUGCUGAAGAAAAAUCUUUCUGGGACGACAUAAAUGACGAUGAGAAGAUCAAACAAUCAAAAGCCCUCAAAAGUGACACAUUAUCACAAAGGGCCGAAAAAUCAAUCACAGAGCCAGAAGAACAAACUGUUUCAUUUUGGGAUGAAAACCAUAAUGAAAGCAAACCGCUUUCAGUUACACAUAUUGAAAAGGAACCACAACAGUCCGAAAAGAUUUAUAUCAAACCUGAAAUGCAAGAAAAUGUACAAGUUGAAGAGGAAAUAAUAUCUCCUAAACCAAAAUCAGUAAAGAAAACAUAUACACCCGAAGAACCGUUGAGUGCUGAAACUGAAGGCCGAGUUUUUGAAACUGUAACCACGUUCAAGUCAGGUGAUGAUGGCUCGAUUACCGUUUCCAAAGUCAGCAGCAUCCGCUCCCACGGCGCUAUAAUAACAGGUCCAGCCGAAACGCGCACUUUACAUAAAAUAACAACAAAUGCCACUCGUUAUGAUGAUUGUGACAGAAAAAUAAUACUACCUAAUAAGCCCCAUACAACUUCUUUGGAAGUAGAAGAGGUAGCAAGUCAUAGUUAUUUCUUAUCCGAACUUGGUCAAUAUACCAUUCCUGACUACAUAAGAAGAGGGACAUAUGGCCUCAUAGAAGAACCACAAACAGACUCUGAUGCAGAAUCCACUUCCCGAAUGAAUCGGAAUACCGGCAAUAGAACGAUAUCUAUCAGAUCACUGUCUGAAGAUGAGAUGAGUUGGCAUAAUGAAUCUCUUUCUCGGGAAAUUUCUAUCGAAGACCUAUCUAAAUCUAUUUUUGAUAUAGACGAAACUAGAAAGAUAUUCAGUAAAGAUUCAUACGUGCGUCAAACUUCAUUUAAAGAAGACUAUUUUACGGAUCGGGGUGAGGAAGAAACAAUCAUCUUAAAGGAUAAGACCGAAAAAGUUUAUGAGAACGAUGUUACCGAAAAACUUAUACAUAUAUCAAAAGAAUUCGACGAUGGCCAAGACGUAAAAGCGGAUAAAAAAUUAGAUAAUAUUAGAAACAGAUUACUAGAGGAAUUAAUAUUAGAACCGACAAAAAAAAACGAAAGCUUAACGAAAAACGUGACUGAAACAACUAUGGAAAAAAGAAAAAAAGCAAGCAUAUUAUUUAGUGUCGUAGAAGAGGAUGGAGAUAUUGACGAAUUACUUAAAAGAAGUCAGAAGCAAAGAAGUAUUCUAGACGAAAUCAUUAGCAAUGAAGAGGAAAAAGCAUCUCCUACAUUAAAAGAAAGCACAAUGAAGGACGGCCAUACGUUUGAAUCCCUACCACUAGUUUACACAGUCGAAGCAGUUGGACAACCGAAGCCGACCGUCCGCUGGCUUCACAAUGGAGAAGAAGUAAAUGCAGAUAAACGGAUACAUCUAACAAACGAAGGCGAUAUUUACAAGCUGGAAAUCGACUCGGUAGACCUGAAAGAUAUUGGAAAAUGGCAAUGCGAAAUUAGCAAUAAACUGGGAAAACAAGUUCUGGACGCUGAACUAGCUGUUUCACCGGUCGCAGAAUACCGUAAACCGAUUUUCAAACAACCUUUGGAGGCCCAGCGUGUUAUGCAACGAGAACCAGUCACACUAAAAGCUGUCUGUACUGCUGAUCCUCUGCCUCACGUGGCUUGGCUUCUUAACGGAAAUGAAAUAGUGCCAGAUGCAACUGUUACUAUUAGUGCAGAUUCUAAGGAAUUGGAACACGGACUUAAAGAGUGUACUUUUACUCUGCAAAUUCCUACUGGUCGCCAUCAAGAUACUGGGGUAUACACGAUUCAAGCCAAAAACCAGUAUGGUGUUGGUGAAUGUUCAGCACGUCUUGAUAUUUUGCUGAGACCUGAAAUAGAGGGAUUGAAAGAUGUUACAUCGGUGCCGUACGAAGAAACCACAUUUAUCGCUAAAAUUAAAGCCAAUCCCAUUGCCGAAGUCAAAUGGAGCAAGGAUGGUUACGUCAUCCAACCGACAGCUAAUAUCGAAAUCAGCGAGGACUUGGCAAAUGAAACGUAUAAGUGUACUAUAAAGAAGAUAGGUGUUGCUGAUGCAGGAGUUUACACAGUCACAGCUAAGAACGAAAUUGGAGAGACUGCGCAACAGGCGAAACUCACCGUUCACACAAACGAGCCACAAUUCACCAAACCGUUACAAAAGCAGACGGUUAAAGAUUAUGAUGACAUCACACUUACUGUGCGAUGUGACGGAGUGCCUAAACCUGAGGUAAAAUGGUACCGAGAAGGCAAGGAACUGACCAACGACGAGCGAAGGACCAUUACAACCGAGGUCGGAGGACAAGUUGAUAGCGAACUAGAAAUAAAACAUUUCAACGCUGAAGAUGCUGGAAAGUACAAAGUAGUAGCCAUGAAUCUAUCCGGGGAAGCAGCUACAGAAGCGGUUAUAUCUCUCGCACAAUUACCACCAGGCUUCGUUCACAAAUUGGAUAGGCAGAAGGAAGUAGACGAAGGGGAGCCAUUAGAGCUAAAAGCUAAAGUCGAUGGCAGUCCUAUUCCAUCAGCACAAUGGUACAAGGACGGUGUAAAACUACCAGCAGAUGAUCACGUGAAGCAAGUAGCACUUCCAGACGGCACCAUUAAGUUGAAUAUUGAUCGCGUAACCCCAUCUGAUUGUGGGGCGUACAAACUCAUUAUCACUAAUCCAAAUGGAGAACAUUCGGCACUAUGUGCAGUUGCUGUUAAUCCUACACCACGCAAACCAUCAUUCAGUCAAGAAUUAGAUGAUGUGAAGGUAAUUGUAGGACAGCCAGUGAAGCUAGAAGCGAGAGUCAUGGCUUUCCCCGCUCCUGAAGUCAAGUGGUUUAAAGAUGGUUUGCCAGUCCGUCCUAGCCAAGCUGUUAAUUUCAUUAAUCAACCCGGUGGCAUUAUUGGGCUGGCUAUUGAUGCAUGCAAACCGGAAGACGCAGGCGUGUACUCUCUUACUCUUUCAAACAAAUUGGGAGAGGCUGUUUCUAAAGCUACAGUCGAGGUUGGACAGAAGGAACGCAAACCAGCGUUUAUUGCAGAGCUGAUGCCGUCUAAAGUCAUCGAGGGAUUCCCCGUUAAAAUGGAAGUUAAAAUUCUCGGCCAUCCUCAGCCCAUUGUAAAAUGGACCCACAAUGGCAAAGAAAUUGUACCAGACGGUGAAAGAGUACGUAUUGUUGCUCAACCGGAUGGAAGUCACGCUUUACUUUUGAGCAAAGCUAGCGCUGAAGAUGGUGGAAAAUAUGGUGUAGUGGCUAUCAAUGACAAAGGCGAGACCGCUAGUACUGCGGAACUUAGUGUUUCUGGUCGCACAGACGACUCGAGCCCCGAAGAAAGACCACAGUUUCUGCAAGGAUUACGAGAAGUUACGGCUGAAGAAGGCCAACCUAUCACACUAACUGCAUCGUUUGUUGGUAAUCCAGUGCCUGAAGUAUCCUGGCAAAAAGACGGACAGGAACUUAAGCCUAGUGACAGAAUCCUGCUGACCUGCGAUGGAAAACGGUUGGGUCUAGAAAUAAAUCCAGUAGAAACGCCAGACGCAGGUGUUUACUCAGUAAAGCUUGUAAAUCCACUUGGCGAAGAUCAGACGGAGGGUAAGCUUAACGUAAGAAAAGUGUUCCAGCCGCCUUCAUUUACGCAGAAAUUUUCCGAUUUGCAACAGUUACCAACAUUUGAUGCAAAAUUCCCUGCUCGUGUUGCUGGCAUUCCUGCCCCAGAAGUAACAUGGUACAAAAAUGGUACUUUGCUUAGUCCAUCAAAGAAAUACCAGAUUAAACGGGAUGGUGACGCUUGCUGCCUCUAUGUACGAGACCUGAACGACCAGGACGCUGGCCAGUAUAAGUGUGUGGCAAAGAACAAAGAGGGACAAGCUGAGUGCGAGGCUUCAUUAGAAGUUGUUGACAAAAUUUCACGACGUGAGAAGGCGGAACCACCUUCAUUCCUCAAGAAAAUUGGCGACGUGGAAGUGUUUAGAGGUCUUAGCGCUAAGUUUACUGCAUGUGCCACCGGUACACCAGAUCCCGAUGUUGAAUGGUUCCGUAACGAUGAAAAGCUGUUCCCAUGUGAACGUAUUCGUAUGGAUAAGGAGUCGACCGGUCUUCUGCGCUUGACAAUUAGCGGCGUAGAUCCAAGCGACGUUGGCAGCUACAAGUGCAGAAUCUUCAAUCCGCACGGAGAAGAUUCCUGUACUGCACAACUCACUUAUGAUACUUUAGAGCCACAAUCGAACAAGAAGCCUAUAUCAGAGCAGUACUCGGAAUUCGACAAAAUGAAGGCCACCGGUGUACCCAUGCCACUCGCUGACAAACCCAUCAUAUCCCGUAUGGCUGACCGUCACCUUACGCUCUCUUGGAAACCUUCGAUACCACAUAGACCACGUUUCCCAGUUACUUACCAGGUGGAAAUGUGUGAGGUACCAGAUGGCGAUUGGUUCACAGCACGCACAGGACUUCGCUCGUGUGUCUGCGACAUUCGCAAUUUGGAACCGUUCAGAGAUUACAAAUUCCGCGUCCGCGUCGAGAAUAAAUAUGGCGUCAGCGAUCCUUCUCCGUACGCCAUCACCCACCGUGCGAAGCUCGAACCUGACCCACCCAAGUUUAUUCCAUAUCUCGAACCGGGCAUCGAUUUCCGACCAGAAACAUCUCCUUACUUCCCCAAAGACUUCGACAUUGAGCGUCCCCCGCACGAUGGUUACGCACAGGCUCCGAAAUUCCUCCGCCAAGAAUAUGACUCCCAAUACGGCGUAAAAGGCCACAAUGUCAAUCUGUUUUGGUUUGUUUAUGGAUAUCCGAAACCCAAAAUGACUUAUACGUUCAACGAUGAGCCAAUAGAAGUCGGUGGACGAUAUGACUGGAGUUAUACGAGAAACGGACAGGCAACACUCUUUAUUAACAAAAUGCUGGAACGUGAUGUGGGUUGGUACGAAGCAAUAGCUACUAACGAACACGGACAAGCACGUCAACGUGUCAGACUUGAAUUAGCUGAGUAUCCAACCUUCAUCCGACGCCCAGAGGAAUCCGUGGUGUUAGUUCGCCGCACCGCGCGCUUAGAAGCCAGGGUCACCGGCCAACCUUACCCUGACAUCAAGUGGUACAAGGACUGGCAGCCACUUGCACCUUCCAGCAGGAUAAAGAUGCAAUUCAUCGAACCGGAUACCGUUAUCCUUGUUAUACAUGACGUGAUUCUCAAAGACGAGGGUCUGUACUCCGUCUCAGCGAGGAACGUUGCCGGCUCAGUUAGCUCUUCUGCGAUGCUGCACGUUGAAGAGUGCGAACAUGAGUAUUCUUCAAGGGUCCCUGAACAUCCACCUCGCAUUAAGCCAAGUACUAAACCGUUUGGCGACUUCUAUGAUCUUGGAGAUGAGCUUGGUCGUGGCGUACAGGGCGUUGUUUAUCAUGCCGCCGAGAGAUUGACUGGACGCAACUACGCAGCGAAGAUCAUGCAUGGACAUUCAGACCUUAAGCCGUUUAUGAAGAACGAGCUGGAUAUAAUGAACCUGUUGAACGACCGGCAUCUGAUCAGGCUCCACGAUGCGUACGAGCACGAACAUACCCUGGCGCUGGUGACGGAACUCGCGGCGGGUGGAGAACUUGUUAGGGACCGCCUCUUACGAAGCCAAGGCUACACCGAGCGUGAGGUUGCAGGUUACAUUCGCCAAUUGCUCCGAGGGCUGAAACAUAUGCACGACAACAGUGUGGCACAUUUGGGAUUAACGAUCGGCGAAUUGCUUCUAUCCCACGUGGGUUCAGACGAAUUGAAGAUCUGCGAUUUCGGCCUAUCUCGCCGUAUCCACCUCAACCAGCACGCGGCUUUGCAUUACGGCAUGCCAGAGUACGUCGCCCCGGAGGUCGCUAGCGGUGAAGGAGUAUCUUUCGGAGCUGAUAUGUGGAGCGUUGGUAUCAUCACUUACAUCUUGCUCAGUGGACGUUCACCCUUCAGAGGAAUCAACGAUAGAGAAACACUCACCAGAGUCAGGGAAGGAAAGUGGGAGUGGUACGACGAAGAUUGGUGGUCCCGCUUCAGUCUGGAAUCGCGAGAUUUCAUCUCGAAGUUGCUAGUUUUGGACUGGCGUAACCGUCUCGACGUGGACACUGCGCUCGCGCACCCCUGGUUAUCACUAGCUGAUAAAAUUUAUAAGGACGAGUACAUGAUUACAACAGAACGCCUGAGGAACUACUACAACUCCUACAGAGACUGGAUGAGCAACGCUUCAUGUCGGACAUGGUUCCGUCGUCGACCACUAGAGGGAGCCUUCGAUCAUCCCUCUAAAAUGGUGUACCCACCUGGCGAAAUAUACACGCCUGAAGGUUCUCCAGACCGAGACCGAUCUUCCCAUGAACGCAAACCGUCCCCUUGGGACCUCAAAUUCAAGCAAUGGGAGCAUCCCGAUUGGGAAGUUUCAGCUAAAUCAGAGAGCCACUAUCAAAAUGGUCCAGACACGUAUCUGCUGCAGCUUCGUGAUACACAAUUCCCGGUGCGACUUCGAGAGUAUAUGAAGGUGGCUUGCAAUCGUUCACCUGCGUAUAACCUAAGUGUCCACGAUGCAUACGAUCCUAGGACGCCUAUCAUUCGUGAGAGACGCCGCUUUACGGAUGUUAUGGACGAAGAAAUCGAUGACGAAAGAAAAGAAAGGAUCAACCAAUACGGUUCUGAAAGUUACACAAUCCGCCGCCUACGACACGAACUUGGUACCAGGCUGGACAGUUAUGCGGAAGCACAAGCCUUAAUGGAAUCCAAAAAAGACGGACAUUUGCCCUUCUUCAGAGAAAAACCCCAAAUACUUCCCGUAAGGGAAGGUGAAGCGGCACAACUGUCCUGCUACGCAGUUGGCGAUCCCAAACCCGUCAUACAAUGGUUCAAGAAUGAUAUGGUUAUAGCGGAAGGACAACGUAUUAAAAUUAUUGAAGACGAUCAAGGACGCUCUACCCUCAAGUUUGAUCCCGCCAUGCACCAUGAUAUCGGUUUCUAUAAAGUUGUAGCUAGGAACAAAGUUGGACAAACCGUAGCAAGGACCAGAAUAGUCGAAGCUACAACUCCAGAUGCGCCUGAUAGCCCAACGGCAGCUGAAAUAUCGGAUACGGAAGUCUUACUCAGGUGGAAACAACCGAAAUACGACGGUAAUUCUCCAGUAGUUUGCUAUAGUCUUCAGUAUAAAGAGGGAGAUAGUGUUGAAUGGAAGACAGUUGCUGAAAACAUUGAUCAUGAAUUCUUCCUCAUAAAAGACCUUGCCGCAAAGAACAGCUACCAGUUCAGACUAUCAUCACGUAAUAGAAUUGGCUGGAGUGAGAAAGGAAUUCCAACCAAUCUAGUUCAAACUCUGGAAGCGGGCGCGCCGAAAAUUCAAAUUACAAAAGCGAUGAAACACCUGCAACAAUUAACUGAAUCUGGGCAAGAAAUCGUUUUGGAAGAAGACAAGCCAAAAUUAGAUUACGCGACGGAAGAGAACCCUCCAGAAUGGGGUACGACAGAUGCGUUUACGGAUCGCUAUACUUUCGUGUCAGAGUUGUGGCGUGGAAAAUUCUCUAUUGUUGUUAAGGGGAUCGAUAAGACAUCAGACAGCGUGGUCGUCGCCAAAAUAUUGGAAUGCAGGCCAGAAACUGAAAUUCAAGUGCAAAGGGAGUUUGAGUGUUUAAGGCGGCUCAGACACGAGAGAAUAUCUAAUUUAUGCGCCGCCUAUCAAACACCGGGCUCUCCCAUAGCUGCCCUUGUGUUAGAGAAGCUUCAGGGUGCGGAUAUAUUGACAUAUCUUUCGAGCCGUCACGAUUACUCCGAACAAAUGGUGGCCACCAUCAUAACACAAGUCCUAGAUGGAUUGCAAUAUCUACACUGGAGAGGCUACUGCCACCUCGACCUUCAGCCAGAUAACGUCGUGAUGGCAUCCGUUAGAUCGAUUCAAGUGAAGUUGAUAGAUUUUGGGUCUGCGCACAAAGUUACAAAAUUAGGAACCAUUGUACCGCAAGUUGGUGAAUUGGAGUACAAAGCACCGGAAGUAAUAAAUGACGAGCCAGCGUACCCACAGACUGAUAUCUGGACCGUAGGCGUGCUCGCUUACAUAAUGCUAUCAGGCGUGUCUCCGUAUCGCGGAGCCGAUGACACAGAAACCAAACAAAACAUCUCCUUUGUGCGGUACCGCUUCGAGCACCUUUACAAAGAGCUAACCCAGGAAGCCACACGUUUCCUCAUGUUCAUCUUCAAAAAGACACCACUCAAGCGUCCAACAGCUGAAGAAUGUUACGAGCACCGCUGGCUCCAUAAUACUGACUUUAUGCUGAGAAAGAGGGAGAGAGCAGUUUUCCUCGGAAAUAGAUUAAAGGAGUUCUCGGAAGCAUACCACGACCGCAAAUCUCAAGAAGCAUCUGCAGCAGAUAGCGUAUCUGCUGCUUUCGGUGCAGUCUCUCCAAGACACUUAACUCGCUCCAACAGUAUUCAAGACGAACUGCACACAAACUUCUCCUCUCAUUGA